CGAGAACCAAUCAAGGCUCGAGGACCAUAUGCAACUCGAGGUGCUUCCCAACACUCCUCGUCGAUAGAUAAAAUUCUGCUUCUAUGAUGUCUACACACCUAUCGGACUUUGACGAAUACAUCAGCGAAGCAUUUCUCAGUUGACAGCAUCAACUGUCGACUGUCUAUCUACUUUAAGCACCGUGAAGGCGCGACUUAAGCUCAGCUCAGCCUUGUGACAGAACAUUGCAAGCUUUUCAAAAGAUAACAGCCUGUCAUGCCUACCAACCUCGUCCAGUUGGGGGAGGUGUCUCUCGGAUUGGAUGAGCCGACACGCAGACAGUCUGAGCUUACGGAAAUACAAGGAGUGCACUCAUCGAUCCCCGGAAACACCAAAACACCACCCCAAAGCUUGAUUCCAGUUGCAUCAAAUGCUUCGGAGCCGCGAUCGUCGUCCCUUGGAAGUUCGAUAACCUUAGAACCACACCUGGCAAACAUCGAUAGAUCGACGAGUUCGGAUCCGCGCUCGCUUACAGCAUCAUCAUCCGAGCCAACUAGUGAAUGUAUUCCCAUCGAAUUCGAUCAAACGAACCUGCCAUCAUCCCAAGUAGAACCAAUAGUCCACGAGGCACCAUCAUCGUCCACGAUAAGUUCUGUUUGGGAAGACUGGUCUGGACGAGGCAGUCACGUGGAUUUUCGGCGAGACGAAUCACUACCAUUGGUUGCCGGGCGCGAGUUGGGUGUUGGACGGAAUGGACAUGUGUACGAAACCAAGUGCAAAGGCGUCGCGCUGGCUUGGAAACGACGCAUACGCCGAGGAAAAUGGGGUCCAGAGCAGCGAAAAGAGAUUGAUAUAUUGAAGCGAUUGUCCCAUGACCACAUCAUCAAGCUAAUUGGCACAUAUACUCAAGGCAAUACGCUUGGCGUAUUACUUUGGCCGGUAGCCACUUGCGACCUCGACACGCUCUUCUUGGACAUAGAGCUCCUCCAUCACCCGGACCGGCUUGCAGCUUGGGAGGGGCGGAGGGAAACGAUACACGAACGACUGGAGGCCCUGGGUUUAGAAAUGCCCGAAGCUACGUGCACGGAUCAGAGGCAGCGCGGUCACCACAAAAAGCUUCUCACGCUUGUUGGCUGCAUAGCAUGUGCAGUGGAAUUCUUACAUUCGCAGAACAUCCGCCACAAGGAUAUAAAGCCGGCCAAUGUGCUGAUCACGAAAAAUGGGCUCUGGCUGACUGAUUUCGAUAUGUCGACGGACUUCUCUUUGCUCUCGUCUAGUGACACAGAGAACGGCGAACGCGGCACACCCAAGUACUUUGCCCCUGAAGUGGCCGCGUACGAACCAUCUGGCCGGGCUGCAGAUAUCUUCUCCCUUGGAUGUUUGUUCCUCGAGUUGCACUGUUUGUCCUCUGGCGCAUGCUUGGAAGAUCUGAAAGCUUUGCGACCAGCUCAAAAUCAAUCGUAUCACGCAAAUCUCCAUAACCGUAACUCCUGGAUCAAUCUCAUAGGGGGUAAUGUUGAGGAAAGAAUUGAACUUCUGUAUUUUCGGAUUUUGAUUUCUCGUAUGCUUGAACUGGAUCCAAGUCGACGACUAAGCGCUAAGAAAGUUGUGCGAUAUAUAAGUAUGCUUGAGCGCUAUCCUUCUUUCGGUACACCCGCAAUGUGGCAUAGACCCUGUUGUGAUCCAAGAGAGCAGCUCGUGAAGAAAAAAAAGUAUCAGGACAAGAUCACGGGCGGGGAAUCGCAAUUGGGCGCAACCAUCGGUUCAUGGGAAUUGUUGUUCGAGUCCGUCGAGAUGGCAUUUGGCUGGGCUCUAGAAAAAAAAUUGUAUAGAACCAAACUUGAUUUACAUGAUACAGCUCUUUCGCCGAAAAUCGACAGAAAAUGGGAGCUACAAGAGAAACUGAUGAAAGACAAACUGGCAGAGAAGGAAAAAACGGUCGAGACAUUCGCCCGCCAGAAUGAGAGCUUGAAGCAUGAGUUGUCUGAAAGUCAUGCUCGCCAACAGGAACAAGCACGCGAAAUUGAAGCUAUGAGGCGCCAGCUGUCGGAACUUGGGGUAGAGCCCACGGCCGAAGACAGAAAUUUGUAGAAGACACACUUGUCAAAACGCAUGAAAGAAUGAAGAGAUGAUCAUCACAUACCCACGUCCAGUCCAAGAGUUAGAGCAUGCGCUAGAUACUAAAUCACGAAUGGAGUUGCUCGUGACAGACAUUCAAGCUGAGAAUCGCCGGAAGCAUGACUAGAUUGAUCAGCUGAGAUCGACAUUGCAAUCGCAGAUGGACAAAACCCAGCGGGACCGAAGAAACCGUAAGGCUUAUAUGCUCACUUACCGACGUUU